CGGAAGGGAAGGCAGUAUAGAGCGGCGAUAGGUGCGCGCGCAGGGCGGCGGGCGCGGCGCGGCCCGUCAGUCCGGCCGCCCCCGCCGCUCGCUCCGGUCCCGGCGCCGCCGGGUGCUGUGCCGGAUGCCGCUGCCGGCCGCCGCCUGCGAUGGUCCACGCCGGGCCGGUGCGCGCUCCUACCCGCGCUAUGUUCACCGCCGCUGAGACGAAGCCGCGCCGCGCCGUCUCCCCGCUCGGUAUUCCGAAGUCCCCGUCGUUCCAUUCGGGACUCGAUCUGGUCGCCAGCCAAACUACCAAGCGCUCCGAAAGCGUGUCCGACGUCGCUCGUGCGUUCCGUUUUGCGCUUUUCUCUGGUGGAAUGGAGGCCCCGGGUCCGCCGCAGAAGGCGCCGUCGCCACCGGGCGCGCGCAGCCCGCCCGCAGCUGCGAUCACGCCCGAACGGCUCGCCGUGCCCGCUGAUAAAGAGAGCCUCAUGGUCCAAUUGCCCAUACUUAAAGAUGCGCCAGCCGCCGAACGCGAGCAGCUCUUCGUACAGAAGCUACGACAGUGCUGCUUGCUGUUCGACUUCGCUGAUGAACCCCUCUCAGACUUGAAGUGGAAGGAGGUGAAGCGCGCCGCUCUGCUGGAGAUGGUGGAGUAUGUCACGUCGCAGAGGGGAGUCGUCACUGAGGCGAUAUACCCCGAGGCGGUCAAUAUGUUUGCCAUAAACCUCUUCCGAACACUGCCGCCGUCGUCCAACCCCAACGGCGCAGAGUUCGACCCUGAAGAGGACGAACCCACACUCGAGGCUGCCUGGCCACAUCUUCAGCUAGUCUACGAGUUGUUCCUGAGGCUGUUGGAGUCUCCGGACUUUCAACCCAACGUAGCCAAGAAGUACAUUGACCAGAAGUUUGUGCUAUCGUUGCUAGACCUGUUCGAUUCCGAGGACCCCCGCGAGAGGGACUUCCUUAAGACGACGCUGCACCGGAUAUAUGGAAAGUUUCUAGUGCUGCGCGCCUACAUUCGGAAACAGAUCAACAACGUCUUUUAUAGGUUUAUAUACGAGACGGAGCACCAUAACGGAAUAGCCGAAUUACUGGAGAUCCUCGGCUCCAUCAUUAACGGCUUCGCGCUGCCGUUGAAGGAGGAACACAAGAUGUUCUUGCUCAGGGUGCUGCUGCCUCUACACAAGGCGAAGUCUCUGUCCGUGUACCACCCCCAACUAGCUUACUGCGUAGUACAAUUCCUGGAGAAGGACCCCUCCUUAACACAACCCGUAGUUAGGGCAUUAUUAAAAUACUGGCCAAAGACGCACUCGCCCAAGGAGGUGAUGUUCCUAAACGAGAUGGAGGAGAUACUCGACGUGAUCGAACCAGCCGAGUUCCAGAAAAUCAUGGACCCGCUCUUCAGGCAGCUCGCUAAGUGCGUCUCCAGCCCACAUUUCCAAGUGGCCGAGCGCGCCCUCUACUACUGGAACAACGAGUACAUAAUGUCCCUGAUCUCGGACAACGCGCACCACAUCCUGCCCAUCAUGUUCCCCUCGCUGUACCGCAACACCAAGAGCCACUGGAACAAGACCAUCCACGGGCUGGUCUACAACGCGCUCAAGCUGUUCAUGGAGAUGAACCAGAAGCUCUUCGACGAGUGCACGCAACAGUACAAGCAGGAGAAGCACAAAGAGCGAGAGCGCCUCCUGCAGAGGGAAGAGCUGUGGCAGCGGCUCGAAGCCAAGGCGGCCAAGGCGCCGCCGCCCGCGCCGCGCCGCGACGACAACAUACAGUUCGCGGACGACACGCCCGACCUCAGCUACACGAGGAUCGAGAGAGAGGCGACGCAGGCUCGCAAGCAAGGUCUAACCUCAGCCAAGCCAGCGCCCCUGCUACGCAAGAAGUCGGAACUGCCCGCCGACUCCAGCACCGUGGCCGCGCUCAUCCAGCACCAGCGCGCCGACCAGUACCUGAGCACGCCGCCCGACCCCGACCAGUGCUAGCGGACAUUAACAACUAUUAAACGGGCACCAACGCUCCCCAGCCCAUCUUCUAUAAAGUGAUCCCGUGACCGUGAUCACCAUGGUGGCGGACAGUGAUCAAUGAUCAUCGGAACAGUGGUCUAUGAUCGUAACAGUGAUCAAUGGUCGUCGGAACAGUGACAGCGGCAGGACGCUCUAGUGACUACGCCUUGUGGUAUAUAUUGAAACCGAUCGGCGGUACUGGGAAACUACUCUCCUCGCUUCGCUCGUCGUCGCAUCUCGGCGAAAUGAAAUGCUGGUAACUGGAUUGUUCUGUAACAAAAUAUCCAUGUAGAAAAAUAGACACGCAGCGAAAUGUGUAUAACCCUGUAAGUACACGACAUAAUCAAAUCGAGUUUUGAGUUUUAGAUCUAAUCAAGUACCUACAGUAAUACAAAAGUCACUCUAGUGUUACACAAGGGCCCUAAGUAAGAAGAUUCGGUAAUUAUUCGACCAAUUUCGUCCACUGACACUAUAUUACCGAAUUUGUACGGAAAACUGUAAUUUUGAUAAAAGUGUAGGUACCCGAGGGUUUAGCGCGGAAAUCGAAAUUUCUUUAUCUGCCUCACUAUCACUCGAAUAUGCAAGAGUGAUAGAGAGUCAACGAAAUUUCGAUUUUCGCGGUGUGGGGACGGGUGGACGAAAUUUAUAUCGCCGAAUGUUUGAUGAAACAUAAAGUCAAAAUAUAGAAUAUGAACAAUAUCGACAAAUUUCCUAUAAAGGUGUUUCAAUACUAUCCGUUAAACACCUCUAGAAGUGACAGAAACUCCGCCGAGUUAAAUAGUUAGUACGCAUACUUAUAUAAAAAUGUAGUUCUGUUGAUGUUUUUAUGUGAUUUGUAGGCUUAGCACAGGGGCGCCGCGACAGUAUCCCGCCCGCGAGAUAGACUACCCGUCCUUCUCUAACUAAUACAGUUAGAAAAAAGACGGGUAAUCUUGCUCGCGCGCGUGAUACUGUCGCGGAGCUCCUGUGCUAAGUCAACUAUGGUUCGACAGUUGAACGUUUAACAUUAAUAUGUCACUAUCGUAAAUAUUGUCAUGUUUUUACCUUAUACUUGCCAGAGCAAAUUGUAUUUUGUUUUCAUACACAUAGGACUCUUAAUAGUGUGAAAAGUAGUCAAAAACGUUCAGCUCUCGGUCCAUUAGUACCUAAAUAUGUGAUCUAAAUGUUGCGAGAAUGACGUGUUUAUUUCAAUAUGAAUCACAAAGCGCCAGCAAGCUUGUAUUACUUAAAUUAUUUUUGUAUUAAAAUAUAUAAUUAUAUAUAAAUCACCAUUCCAUUUGCGAAACCAACUGACACUGCGGUAAAGUGAAAAAGAGAUAAAAACAUUCUAAUGCAUUUGAAGCGUAUGUUGAUAAUCUAUUUUUAACCUUUUCGACGCCAACGGCUGUUAUAUCCGAACCGCAGGUUCAACGCCAAAGACGGAAUAAUCCGUCACAGACCACCGAGCAACUUAGACCUACGUCAUAAUGCAUAAAGUUCAAUUUCAGUUUUGACACUUCGGUGACGUGGCGUCCGAGUGACAGCUUUGUGUUUGACACGGCGUCCAACCCUACACUAUUAUAGUACGAUCAUUGUAUGACUAACUAAAUAAAAAAAGAUUUUCUCGUAGUGUACCGUAAAAAAUAGAUUACCAUAUUGUUGUGAGUUAUGACAACGCUAAUGUUUUACCCAAAUACGGCAUAUCCAAAAGUUGAGCUUCUAUGUGGCUGAGAAAAUAUCUAACUAUGUCCAUUUGUACUGUAGGCUUAGCAGGAGUAUACCGCGACAGUAUCUCUCACGCGAGAUAGACUACGCGUCUGUUCCUAACUGUGUUAAUCAGAAAGAGUCGGGUAGUUUAUCUCGCGCGAAAGAUAGUUAUUGUCGCGGCGUACUUGUAUUAAGUCUAUUGAUUACAAGCGAGAACUGAAGGCUCAGGCAAUAUCAAAUUCAUUGAAUGUUAUUCUUAUUUUUAAAACUCAGAUUGACAUAUUGUUUCACUUUUCGUGUGUGGACUAGAAUCGUGAGCUCGAACCUCGGUCGAGGCGUAUAGAGCAGAAAAAAAAGAAAAGAAAUGCAAUAUGAUGACUGAAAAAUUCAGUCAGGACAGGAUCCUAAUCAAACACACGAAAGGUUAACCCUUUGACCGCUAAAGCAGGCCACAGACGUAUACUCUGUCGAUUUGUAGGUGGCCCCGAACCCCGAUUAUUCUAAUUGGCACCUGAGCACGGGUUACUCCAACGCUCAAAAAACCAGUGUAGGUGCGCUCUCCGAUAACGCGCCUUUGUUACGCCAUCUAUAUGACACAUUUUAGACUGGUAGAGGCACGUGCGGUUUUAAUUAACAAUAGACAAAGGAUUAGCGGCUCGGGGCCAGUUACAAAUCGACAGACUAUACCUACACGUUUACAGUUUAAUAUUAACCUUCGUUUAUUCCAUUAUGAUUUACGAUGGUGCGAUAUAUAACAGGCGUAGCAGUCAAAGGGUUAAGCGAUCCAAACUAAUACGAAUGCUAUAACUAAAACCGCACAGACUUUUGGCCGACUCGCUUCAUUCAUCUAGCUGUUAUAAUCAUGUUUAUACGAAGCCAUUGUAAUGUAGUUCUAUUUAUUAUUUACGAACCAAAUAUGCAUUGACUUAUUUUUAACUUUGUAACAAGUUACUCGUAAGGUCGUUACGGGUAAAUGUGGCUGGUCUUCACAUUGGGGCAUGUUUACACAUUGAUUAGUGUGUAUUACGAGUUCAUAUAUUGGCUAGGCUACUUUGCUACUUUCGCUCAGUGGCAAAUGUAAGAACUCGCAAUAAACACUUAUCUUAUACUUUUAAACGAGCAAUAUGUUUUCCGAGCAAAGCUCGGUCUCUACUCCCAGAUAUUGAAUGUGUAAACAGACCCAAUGGCCAGCCACACUUAACCGUAUACCACACUUACCCGUAUUGACCUUAUGCGUUUGUGCUAUUUAUUAUAAUACAUCUAUAUUGUGCCCCUCUCAAAGGAAUACAGUAAAAAGUAAAACAGGAAAUUCAUUUUCUCAUACAAUAGGUCCCUAUUGUGUAAAAAAAUAAAAGUCUUGUUAUUCUGUUAUUGCAUUUAUUUGCAUAUAUGAGUAAAGAGUUGGAUCAAAAGAAUGAUCAUUGUCAGAUUUCCUUGGAUAUUUGGUGAGAAAAACUGUGUCAUAUCUGACGAUAACUUUUCCAUGGUUUUUGGUUUUAUAAUAAGAUUGAUCAACUCCUGAACUUUAACAAAUUCCUUGGAAACGUAAAACUUUAAAUGACGAGUCGCACGAACCCAGCGCCAAAAAGCCGCUCGCAUACAAAUUUUAAACGACAUAGGUACCUAAAUUACAUGAAUUUGGCAUGAACAUUUACGUUAAUAUGUCUGGUACUUGUAUUUCUAGCAACGAACGCUGGUACCAGAGAUAGAUAUAUGUUACUUAAAUGUUAAUGUCAAAUUUCAUGUAAUUUUAAAAUGAGAACAUUACUUGCGGCCAGCGGCGGCUGGUGACUACAUAUUAUGGGUGUUCACUCACAGUAAGUUUUUAAACACCUCACAAUAAACAAAUUAUGUGCACUCACUGUUCAUACUCUUGUUUAAUUAUUUAGAAUGAAUAAAAGCCAAAAUUGCAUUCCCGCGCGUACUUUAAAAUAGACUAAGGUCUGUUUACAAGCAAAUGACAACAUGGCGCGCGGACUGCGCGCGCAUUCAAACGAGCUAGGAGCGCGCUCCAAUUUUACCUGUUUCUUCAUAGAAAACCUUCUGUUUCACGUGCGGGGCUGUGGCGAAACUUCUCUUUCGCUCUUAUUGAAUUUCCUAUUGAUUGAAUGUACUAAAUCUUUUUCCAUAGGAGCGCAAUCCAAAGCGCUCCGGUUCGCGCGUUACCUAUAAUUCCUAUGAAAUUAUAGGAGUAGGCCGAGUAGUAUAGGCUGUCUAUAAACUUAUAAUGAAUAAAGGUAAUUAUUUAAUUGGUAUUAACUUUUUUACGAUCGAUCUUAAAUAGUAAUAUAUUAAUUAUGUACUAUAAUUUCAUCAUGAUUAUUUAUGGGAGUGCACCGCACAAGCGCUCUACAGGGCGAGCCGCGUCUGCUUGCGGCGUCUAGGUUCCUGUGGCUCUUAAUUGGAUAGGACCAUAUUAUGUUCACAUGGCUUAUAUUGAUCAAUUUAUAUAUUUGUUGAAGGCUCAAACAGUAGCUUGUUACUUAAAGGAAAUCACGAGGGACUAGCCAUAGUUUAUGCCUUAACUAAUAGAUAUAACGUAAUAGACUAAUCUGGUUGACUACACGGCACUCAUGUUUAAGAAUUUUGUUUUAAUAAUUUACUUCAAUCGUCGGGUUAAAACGCAAACACUCGUAUAGUUUUCGUUCUUAAUUUAACUAAGUGUGCUAUUUUAGUAAAUAUAUACAGCACUGGUUGCUUGCUACUCUAACUUAUAGCUGCGUCUCUUUUGCCCGACGGUUGAGGAAAAUGUAGACCCUAUCAUUAGUUGCGUGCUUGGCGUGCCAAAGGUGACACGUAAGUGUUUCGAUUCACUGUUAGACGACAAAAUGAUUUAAGGUCAAUAGGGAUAAGUGUGUCUGCGGGAUAAGUGUGGCUGGCUUUCACAUUGGGGCCUGUUUACACAUUGGGACCUGUUUACACAUUGGGGCCUGUUUACACAUUGAUUAGUGUUUAUUGCGAGUUCAUACAUUUGCUACUUGCGAUUACACAUGUAUUAGCAUGUAUGUACUCUCAUUUCGCAAUAAACGCUAAUCAAUGUGUAGACAGGCCCUUAUGUGAAUGCCAGUUCUAGACUUGCCUCAUAGAUACAUUUACCCGUUAUUGAUCUAACUACUUUAAAAGUCUAUUUGGAGUGAUUUGAGUAUAAAAAUGUGUUUUCAACUUUAUCAAAAUUAUGACCACCUUAUAAAAAUAUUGUCUAUAUAUUUUUGAGAUGUUGAUUGAGACAUUUUUAUACUUAUCUAUAGAUAAUAUGCAUCAUAAAAAUCAUGAUAAAAUUAAAAAUAUAACAUUAACAAGACAAUUUUGUAUAAAUGAAAGUGUGUAGGUAGUAUAUGAAUGUAAAGAUUGAAUGGGCACCUUUUUACAUUAUUUAUUUUAUAUAUUUUAAUCCAACGUGAAUGUCUUUUUAAAUUAACCCAAUAUAAUUAUACAACUUACGGUUAUGGAUAGGUAUCUAAAUGCAUUCGUUUUUAUUUAUUGCCUUAUGUAUGACAGUAAUGUUUAUUUUUAUGUACAUGUUUAGGAUACAAGUUUAUGAAUGAAGCAAGUGACUUUUGGGGAAAACUUAUAUUUUUUGUUUAUUCUCCAUUUAACUAAGAUAAAACCAAAUAUGCUAAUAAGUUUCCAUAAAGACCCGCAUAUAUAUGAAUGUUAUAGUUCAAUAUAACUCGCAUCGCAAGUACAAAUGGUUAUAGGCGUAGAUUUUUUACAUGUGUAGUACAGUAGGUGCCUAAAAUUUGAUAAUUAUAUUUAGAUAGAUUUAACAAAUUUUGGGACGCGCAUCAACACAUUGCUGGCCCAAUAUUACAGGGUUCUAUGUUUCACUUUUAUCGAACUGACGUUUGAACAUUGUCAUACGAGUAGUGACAUUGUCGAAUUUCAACGAACAUAUCUUGAAAAUGUAACAUAGAACCCUGUAAUAUUGGGCCAGCGACAUAACACUGCGAAAUAUCAAGGCAAGCAAUUUGCCACGGUGCACAAUAUUUUUGAACAAUGCCCAGGGGGCCGAUUUUUGAAUUCCGAUCGCUCGAUUUCGUAGAAUUUAAAUGCCUAGUAGUGGAGUUAUUAUUGAACGAAAUACAUGAAAUCGAGCGGUCGAAAUUCAAAAAUCGGGCCCCUGAACUGGUGCAAAAUGCGAAAACAUACUAAGUAUAAGUAAAAUACAGCGGAAUGAUAAGGACAUUUUUAUUGAGAAAUGAACUCUAGCCAUCUUGAUGCUGUAAAAUAUGAAAGUGUGAUGGCUAGAUAGCAUUGUACAGUAAACUGCCAUCUAGGUCUAAAUUUGUAACAAAAUGCUGCCCUUAGUACAGCUAGCAUUCCUAACAAAAUCAACUGUUUUAUGGUGCUUUCAUGUAUAAUUCACAUGACCAUAGGUUAAAUGAUGGCCUAAACAACUGUGCCAGAAAUAGUUUAUUAUCAUAUUGGCUAAGGGCACAAAUACUACAUAUCCAUGCAAA